GGGUGGCCCGGUGCCCUGAGAGCUCAUUGACGACGGCUGCAGGAGGGGAGGCCGGGCUGAGUCCAGCCCCUAUCCUCCCCUCCCCCAUUCCCUGUCGCUGUGAUUCAGCUCUGAGCUCCCAUGGCUCCCGCUCGGCUGUGCUGCUGCUGCUGGUACAGGUAGCAGGGAGUUGCUGCACCCACAGGAGCCGCUCGAAGCUGUGACACUGAAAGGUUUGGAUUGUCAGGAUCGGCUCGGGAAUUAGAGACAACGCAAUGGCGGCGCCUGCUCAGGAUGACUGCUGUGUCCGAGUUGCUGUAAGAAUUCGUCCACAACUCGCUAAAGAGAAAAUUGAGGGAUGUCAUAUUUGCACCUCAGUUAUACCUGGAGAACCCCAGGUUGUUCUUGGAAAAGAUAAAGCAUUUACAUUUGAUUUUGUUUAUGACAUGGACACUCAGCAGGAAGAGAUCUAUAUGAAGUGUGUUGAAAAGCUUAUUGACGGUUGCUUGGAAGGUUACAAUGCCACUGUUUUGGCAUAUGGUCAGACUGGCUCUGGGAAGACAUACACCAUGGGGACUGGAUUUGAUGUCAACAUCACUGAAAUUGAACAGGGCAUUAUUCCACGAGCUGUCAAACAUCUUUACUAUGGUAUUGAAGAGCGAAAACGAGUUGCUGUUGAACGUGGGUUGCCAGCACCAGAGUUCAAAGUUAAUGCUCAGUUUCUUGAGCUUUAUAAUGAAGAAAUUCUUGACCUGUUUGAUUCAAUCCGUGACCUUGAGGCAAGAAACAAAAAAUCAAACAUUAAGAUCCAUGAAGAUGCAAGUGGAGGAAUUUACACUGUGGGAGUAACAACUCGUACCAUUAGCUCAGAAGCUGAGAUGCUGCAGUGUCUGAAGCUGGGAGCUCUUUCUCGAACAACUGCUAGUACUCAAAUGAAUGUUCAGAGUUCUCGUUCUCAUGCCAUUUUCACAAUACAUUUGUGUCAAGUGCGUGUCUGCAUCAAAAAUGAUAAUGAUGAACUAUUGGACAAUAAAGCCAUCAGUGAAUCAACAGAAAUGAAUGAAUUUGAAACCCUCACAGCCAAGUUCCACUUUGUUGACCUUGCUGGUUCAGAAAGACUAAAGCGUACAGGAGCAACUGGAGAGAGGGCAAAAGAAGGAAUUUCAAUUAACUGUGGUCUAUUGGCACUUGGAAAUGUCAUCAGUGCACUUGGUGAUAAAAGUAAACGAGUCACUCAUGUGCCUUAUCGAGAUUCAAAGUUAACACGAUUGUUACAAGAUUCGUUGGGGGGAAAUAGCCAAACAGUGAUGAUAGCUUGCGUCAGUCCAUCAGAUCGUGAUUUCAUGGAAACUUUGAACACACUGAAAUAUGCAAAUCGUGCGCGGAACAUUAAAAAUAAAGUGAUGGUUAACCAGGACAGAGCAAGUCAGCAAAUCAAUGUGCUCCGUGGUGAAAUAGCACGUCUGCAGAUGGAACUUACAGAAUACAAAACGGGCAAGAGAAUAAUAGGAGAUGAUGGUGUUGAGAGUAUCAAUGAUAUGUUCCAUGAAAAUACUAUGCUGCAGACUGAAAACAACAAUUUGAGAAUGAGGAUUAAAGCAAUGCAGGAGACCAUAGAAUCCUUGAGGGCAAGAAUAACACAACUGCUCAGUGAUCAGGUUCACCAAGUACUUGCCAAAUCAGGAGAUGGCAAUGAAGAGAUUAGUGCAAUGAUUCAGAAUUAUAUCCAAGAAGUUGAAGACCUCCGAUCAAAACUGUUUGAGAGUGAAGCAAUGAAUGAAAACCUUCGGCGUAACCUGUCAAGGGCUUCCUCAAGACCGCUUUACCUGAAUGGCACCUUCGCUGGCUCUGUUCUUGGCUCAGAAAAAGGAGCAAUGGAAGUCUUAGAAAUGGCUAAAAAGGACUUGGAAAAACUCAAGAAAAAAGAAAGGAAAAAGAAGAAAAGUAUCAUUAAAGAGGAGAAUCCUGAAGGUGAAAGACUAGAUGAGAAAAACAUUGAGGAAAAAGAAAAGAAUGACUUGGAAGAGGAGGAAGGUCAAGAAUGCAGUGACCAUGAAGAAGGUGAUGAGGAUGCUGAAGAGGAUGACUUAGAAAUAAGUGAAAGUUCGGAUGACUCUGACUCUGAGUUAGAUGAUGAAGCCACUUUCCAGGCAGAUCUGGCUAAUAUAACCUGUGAAAUAGCAAUCAAGCAGAAACUAAUUGAUGAACUGGAAAAUAGCCAGCGGCGACUUCAGACACUCAAACAACAGUAUGAAGAAAAGUUAAUGAUGCUGCAAAAUAAAAUUCGAGACACCCAGCUGGAGAGAGACAGAGUUCUACAAAAUCUGGGUUCAGUGGAAUCUUACUCUGAAGAAAAAGCAAAUAAAAUUAAAUCAGAAUAUGAAAAGAAACUUCAAGUCAUGAAUAAAGAAUUGCAGAAGUUGCACACCGCCCAAAAGGAACAUGCUCGAUUGCUAAAAAAUCAAGCACAGUAUGAAAAACAGUUGAGAAAACUGCAGCAGGAAGUGGGAGAAAUGAAGAAAACAAAGGUUCGUUUAAUGAAACAAAUGAAGGAAGAUCAAGAACGAGCUCGCAUGACAGAGUCUAAGAGAAACCGAGAAAUUGCUCAGCUGAAAAAAGAGCAGCGCAAACAGGAACAUCAAAUGAAACUUUUGGAAGCUAAAAAGCGACAGCAAGAAAUAAUUCUACGACGAAAAACUGAAGAGGUUACAGCCCUUCGAAAACUAUCAAAGCCCAUGUCUGAUAAAGUAGCUGGACGAGUGAGUCGUAAAUUGAGCUUACCAGAUCCUGUUUCAGAGUCACCAUCUCACAUGAGUAUUUAUGAGCAUGAUCGGUCAACUGCUAACUUCACUGGCCCACAGAAAGGGAGAACUUUAACUUCUCGGACUGUACCUACUUCAACAGACAAAACAAAUGGGAUCAGAAAGAAGUACCAGAGGAAGUUUACAAAUAGAUAUACGUCAAGAGCAGCAAGAAUGAAGUGGCAGUCACUUGAACGUAGAGUUACUGAAAUCAUCAUGCAAAGGAUGACUAUUGCCAACAUGGAAGCGGAUAUGAAUCGACUGCUCACGCAACGUGAAGAUCUGACCAAAAGACGUGACAAAUUGAAUAAACGAAGAGAGAAGUUUGUCCAAGAGUGUAUAGAUGACAAAGCAAUUCAAAGUCUUAAUGAAGAAACUGAGUCUUUGGGUGCAAAUAUUGAUUAUAUUAAUGACAGCAUUUCAGAAUGCCAGGCCAAUAUCAUGCAGAUGGAGGAAGCAAAGGAGGAGGGGGGUACAGUGGAUGUUUCAGCAAUAAUCACUUCCUGCUCUUUGACAGAAGCUCGUUACAUGUUGGAUCAUUUUUUAACCAUGGUUAUUAAUAAGGGUCUCCAAGCUGCUCAGAAGGAGUCUCAAAUUAAGGUUUUAGAAGGCCGAGUGAAGCAAAUAGAAAUAAACAGUUCUACUCAAAACCAACUGUUAUUCCACAUGUUAAAAGAGAAGGCUGAAUUUAAUCCAGAACUUGAAGCUUUACUUGGAAAUGCUUUGCAAGAACUAGAUAGCAUACCUGCUGAAAAUGGAGAUGAAAGCAGUGAAGAAGAAAAUGUGUCUAGUCCUACAACAGAAGGCAGUUCACUGACAUCUGAUGUUAUGAGAUUAACAGGUGACACCAAACCAAAGGAUAAGGCACGAAGAAGGACAGCUACACAAAUGGAAUUGCUUUAUGCAGACAGUAGUGAUUCUGCCUCAGAUAUUGUUGCAGGAGAUGCUGCUAUGCCUGUGCCAUUAAUGCCUGUUACAGAGGUGCAAGAAAUCGAAAAAGACACUGGAACGACUUUGCCAGCUAAUGCUGCUGCAGCUAGAGAAAAAGAGAUAAUCCCAUCACCAUCUGGCUUGCCUCUUAGACUUGGCAGUAGCAUAUCUAGACCGUCACCAUCAUCAUCCUCAUCAGAAAAGAAAAUACCUGAACCUUCACCAUUAUCCAGAAGGAAGUUAUAUGACAGAGGCAAUUUGGCAGGAGAGAAAAUGAAGGUUAAAGAACAAAAAAUGUCAGAUGAAAGUGAUUCCUCUCUUUCGGAGGUACAAAGAGGAAUAAUUAACCUGUUUCCGAGUUCAAAAGGUAGCAGGAGUGCGCCCCUUCACUGCAAUCAUAUAGCUGAAGGACACAACAAAGCAGUGCUAUGCCUGGAUGCAACAGACGAUCUCCUUUUUACUGGAGCAAAAGAUCGCACUUGUAAAGUAUGGAAUCUUGUCACUGGACAAGAGAUUAUGUCUCUUGGUGGACAUCCUAAUAAUGUGGUAUCUGUUAAAUACUGCAGUUAUUCCAGUUUGGUAUUUUCUGUUUCCACAUCUUUUAUUAAGGUGUGGGAUAUCAGAGACUCUGCUAAAUGCAUUCGAACACUGACAUCAUCUGGCCAGGUGUCAAUGGGGGAUGCGUGUGCCAGUACUAAAAAUAGAACAGUUACUAUACCUCCUGGAGAAAAUCAAAUAAACCAAAUUGCACUAAACUCAACUGGCAUGUUUCUCUAUGCUGCCUCGGGUAAUUCUGUGCGAAUGUGGGAUCUCAAAAGGUUUCAAUCCACUGGAAAGCUGACUGGUCAUUUAGGACCAGUUAUGUGCCUUACUGUUGAUCAAACAGCAAAUGGACAAGAUCUCAUUAUUACUGGGUCCAAAGAUCACUACAUAAAGAUGUUUGAUGUAACAGAAGGUGCUAUAGGCACUGUAAGCCCUACCUACAACUUUGAACCUCCACAUUAUGAUGGCAUUGAAUCACUCACAAUCUUGGGUGACAGCCUGUUUAGUGGAUCCAGAGAUAAUGGGAUUAAAAAAUGGGACAUGGUGCAGCAAGAACUACUCCAGCAAGUACCAAAUGCUCACAAGGACUGGGUAUGCGCCUUGGGGAUUUUACCAGGCAGGUCAAUUUUGCUCAGUGGCUGCAGAGGUGGCAUCCUUAAACUUUGGAAUGUGGACAACUUUACACUACUUGGAGAGAUGAGAGGGCAUGACAGCCCCAUAAAUGCCAUCUGCACCAAUUCUACCCAUAUCUUUACUGCAUCAGAUGACCAAACAGUCAGGAUUUGGAGUGUCCGAAGACCAUCAGACGGGCAGAUGUUGGAAACUGCAGACACAAAUGACGAUGUCAGCAGCUAAACAUUAAUACAGUAGAAGACAGAAAUGAAGUACCAUUGUUGGCAAAUAGCACUUUUGUGAUUGUUGAGCGAGCAGUUUUUAACUGGGCUAAAGGUGAACUGGAAGACCUACCAUGACAAUAGUGAUUCUCCUCAAUUCUGAACAUUCAGAUUCAUAUUACUAUCAAACACUCCGCAGAGGAAAAGCAUAUCAAAAUAUAAAAAAACCUAAUGCAUGACAAUGUUUUAGUGUUGUGAGAAUAGCAAUUAUAACGAGCUUUACACAAUGCCAAGCUGUUAUAAGUUGCAGUUUGCUGUAGCUUUCAGCAAAGCUUGUAUGUCAAAAACGCACGAGUAGCAAAUCAUAAUCCUAUACAGCUAACAGGAAAUGCAAUGUAUGUGAUCUGUGGCAUUGCCGCAAAAAAGUUUGUGUAGGUUUUAAUGGGUACUGUGAAUGUGGCCUAAGUAUUUGUGCUUUUGUACAAUUCUCAUUACUGUUGCAUUGCUUUAAAGACUGGAUUUUGCAAUGUCUAUCUACAUAGCAGUUGUCUCAUUCUCUCAUACAAAUGUUUGUAGCAAAGAAUUUGUCCAAAAUGUAUCUCUCUUUGUGUUCCCAUUUGUAGUAUUAUUGUAUUAUCCUUCAUUGCUCAGGCUAUUCUGUCAACCCCAUCAGCCUGUUAUUCUAUCAAAUAAGAGGAUGUAGCCACAGCAGUUGAAUGGAUAAAAUGCUGCUAUAUUAACAGUGAAAUAUAGUGCAUAUUUGCAUUUAAUAUCUAACAAUUAAAUGGACAGUUUCACCUGGAGUGGAAAUGCAUUGUAUAUACAGUGAGUUUGAAGAGAUGAAACGCAUUGUAUUUUGUCUGGUUGAUUUCCAGAGGCAGUAGAAUGUAGAUAACUAAAUGGCAAUAUAUUUUAUUUAGCUUUAGACUUUGAAUGAUAGUGUGAUUUUACUAAGCUUCUGAAAAUUUUAUAUAAAUAAUCUUGAACUAUAUUGUUUUAGAUUUUAUUUGCUGUUUCUCUAGGUUGCUUGUAAACUAAUGGCCAAAUAAAGAAGUGUGCUGAACUUGCAAA